GAGCCAGAUGUUGCUCAGGUUAUUGCUGAUGCAGCUCCCCCAGCUGCUGAGCCAGAUGUUGCUCAGGUUAUUGCUGAUGCAGCUCCCCCAGCUGCUGAGCCAGAUGUUGCUCAGGUUAUUGCUGAUGCAGCUCCCCCAGCUGCUGAGCCAGAUGUUGCUCAGGUUAUUGCUGACGCAGCUCCCACAGCUGCUGAGCCCAUGGUUGAUGCAACCAGUAAAACCUCAGCACCAGAAGACACUGCAGUCCCAGCCGCCUCAGCCUCCUCUGAGCCCAGUGAUUCUGCAGCUGACGGAUCGUCCUCAUCUUCUUCAUCGUCCUCAUCAUCCUGUGACUCCGAUUCUGACUCCGACUCCGACUCUGACUCCGAGUCAGAAGUGAAGACCGAAACCAAGACCUCACCAACACAGGUGUCACAAUCCACUGUGAAAGCAGAAGUCCAGGAGAAGACAUCAGAGGUGAAGGAAGACCAUAAUGAAGCUAAGGGGGAAGUUCCUGCAGAACCUGAAGCUGUUCCUGCGUGUGCUGCUGAGGAAGCCCAGGAGGCCGCUCCUCCAGCUCCAGCCACCGGUAUUAGCUCUGAGGAGUUAGUGGACCCGGCUCCUGAGAUCUGCACCAAAGACGCUGUGAACAGUCCGGAAGUGGAAUCCGCUCCAAAAGUCAGAGAAGACAGUCCAUCUCCUGCCACCCCCGAUGUUCCCGUAGAAACCCCAGCUGGGGUUGUGAUCGAGCCUGCAUCUGCAGAAGAAGCCCAGACUGCCGCUCCAUUGGAGACCCCAGAGAGUGCCUCCGCAGAAGCCGUACAAGCUGCUGAAGCCCCUUCAGGAGCUACUGAAGCUGUGCCUGUAGAAGCUGAUGCCGAAGUGGCUGCUGCCGGCAGGGCUGCCACGGUAAGGGAGAGCGCCGAGGAGCUGGUGGACCCCGCCGCAGUAGAAGCUGCCCCUGUGGAGAGCACCGGGGAGCUGGUGGACCCCGCCGCAGUAGAAGCUGCCCCUGUGGAGAGCACCGGGGAGCUGGUGGACCCCGCCGCAGUAGAAGCUGCCCCUGUGGAGAGCACCGGGGAGCUGGUGGACCCCGCCGCAGUAGAAGCUGCCCCUGUGGAGAGCGCCGAGGAGCUGGUGGACCCCGCCGCAGUAGAAGCUGCCCCUGUGGAGAGCGCCGAGGAGCUGGUGGACCCUGCUCUAGUGGUAGCUGAAGCUGCUCCAGUCGAAGCUGAAGCUGCUGCAGAGCCUGUCGAUGAGGCUGCAGCUGAAGUCUCUGCCCCUGUGGGGAGCACCGAGGAGCUGGUGGAACUCGCUCCAGUGGUAGCUGAAGCUGCAGGAGAGGAGCUGCAGGCGGCCGCCCCAGCUGAGCCCGUUGAUGCGUCUGAGGCGGCACCAGAGCCCGAUGAGCCUUUUGACAACAGCACUUAUAAAAACAACCAGCACCACAACUACAGCCCCUCCACCUUCUCAGACCUGGAUGUGGAGAUGGCCAAGUUCCGUCUCCCGCAGCCCUCCUCCGUCAGGCACUAGAGGAGUUGGCCCUGCUGCAAACCUUUAUAUUGCGUAAAGAUGAUGGCAUUGGCCCUUUCUAUGAUGAGCAUUCCCUCACCUGUCAGAUCUGCAUGCAAUACUGCUGUUAAAAUGUUAUAUUAUUAAAGCACAGAAAUGGGAAAUGAA